AUGGUGGUCUGCCUCAUGGCCCAAAUAUUCAGCCAAUCAUUUCAGUGUUACCAUUGGGCUUCAAUUUGUUGUGCAGUCCUUUCGAGGCGGCGGCGCAGGUCAUCAGCCAAUGUCUUUAAGUCCAAUGAUGACGAGGGGUCGGUGUCCUGGGAGGAGGGAGAGGCAGAGGAGGGGUUGGACCCGGCAACCCCUGGAGACUGCCUGAGCCCGUCCACCAGAAAGCAGCCAAGGCGGAACGUGACACCUCGCUCCUACAGCAGCCUGCUGAAGUCAGACUCGGACGAAGACACGGGCGGAGAAGCAGCAGUCAAGAGUCCUGUAAAGAAUCCUGUCGCCCCAAGCAACCAAGCUCCAGAGGAGGGCCCAGUGCCCAGUGACGUAAGGCACCGCAGACCUGGGCCGCCCAAAGGACCGCUGGGCCGACGCAGAGCCGACAAGAAUGCCGCAGAACACACACCAACUAACAUCCUCGCCACCCUAGUCAACGGACUCCCCCAAAAGGGCCACUUGAAGACCGGGACGCACCGGAUCCGCGUAGACUUUAAGGAGGACUGUGCCGUCCAGAACGUGUGGUUGAUGGGCGGUCUGAGUAUCCUCACCUCCGUCCCAGUCACCCCUCAUCCUGUCUGCCUGCUCUGUGCCAGCAAAGGACACCAUGAGAUGAUCUACUGCCAGGUGUGCUGCGAGCCCUUCCACAGCUUCUGCCUCUGGCCGGAAGAGCGACCCCAGGAGGAGAACAAGGAGAACUGGUGCUGCCGCCGCUGCAAGUUCUGCCAUGUGUGCGGCCGGAAGCACAAGAACAACAAGCCUGUGUUGCAGUGCAGGAGGUGUCAGAACUGCUACCACCCCUCCUGUCUGGGACCCACCUACCCAAAGCCCAUCAACUGUAACAUGCCCUGGGUGUGUAUGACGUGUAUCCGGUGUAAAAGCUGUGGAGUGACACCAGGGAAGACCUGGGACAUGGCCUGGAACCACGAGCAGGACCUCUGUCCCGACUGCAGCACGCUCCACGUCAAAGGGAACUUCUGCACCAUCUGCUCCAAGUGUUACGAGGAGAAGGACCACAACAGUCAGAUGAUGGAGUGCUCCAGGUGUAGCCACUGGGUACAUUCUAAAUGUGAAGGGCUCUCUGAUGACCUGUAUGAGAUCAUGUCCAGCCUGCCAGAGAGCGUAGUGUACUCCUGUACACCCUGCAGCCAAUCACAGCCCGGCUCCUGGAAGGAUGAGCUGAAGGACAGGCUGAGGGCGGGGCUAGAGAAGGUGCUGGCCAACCUCCUUUCUGACUCCUCUGCCCAGCACCUGAUCACCUGCAGGGAGUGUGAGGAAUCCACCGAACCAGAUGCUUUCAGGGACAAACACCAGCCCAUCUGCGACCUACAUGCCGUGGGUCAAAAAUUUGAAGGGCGACAGUACACUUCUCUGAAAUCGUUCCAUGAGGAUGUUGUCAUGGUGAUGAGGAAGUGGUUGAAGGAGGAGUCGUCUCUCCCUGAGGGCCUGAGUCCCACCUGUUUGGCCAGGUCUCACUACCUGAAGUUGCUGGAGGAGACUUUCAGUUGGUUUCAUAGCCAAGAUCAGAAAAUGUGGGACCCACUCUCCAAAGAUUUCCCAAGUGGUAUGCUCCCCGAGGCAGUUCUUCCUCCAUCUAUGGAGCACAGCUAUGCACAGUGGCUGGAGAGGACGUACCAAGUUACCAGGGGUUCAGGGUUUCUCCAGCAGGGGAACAGCAUCCCUCCCCCAUCCUCAGUCACCACCCAUCAGCCCUGGGCGCUGGAGGGCGUCCCACUCAAAUCCCAAGGUACAAAUGGUGCUGUAACCGGUGCCCUGGAACUCGACCGGACCAAAGAUGAGAGGCAGUGUGCACUCUGCCAACAGUGUGGUGACGCCACACCCAACGACGCGGGCAGACUGCUGUACCUGGGGCAGAACGAGUGGGCCCACGUUAACUGCUGCCUGUGGUCUGCUGAGGUGUACGAAGACAACGGAGCUCUGCUCCAAGUACACAGUGCUGUCUCCAGGGGGCGCCACAUGCGCUGUGAGCGUUGUGGCCAGGCGGGGGCGACGGUGGGCUGCUGUCUCUCGUCCUGUCAGAGUAACUACCACUUCAUGUGCGCCCGCGCCCGCAACUGUUUCUUCCAGGAGGACAGGAAGGUCUUCUGCUCCAGGCACCGUGACCUCGUCAGUGAGAAGAUGGUGUCUGGGAAUGGGUUUGAAGUUCUCCGGCGGGUCUACGUGGACUUCGAAGGGAUCAGCCUCCGUAGGAAGUUUCUGACUGGCCUGGAGCCAGAGUCUAUAAAUAUGACCAUCGGCUCUCUGCAGAUCAACAGGCUGGGUGUGCUGACUGAACUAUCAGCCAAUGGAGCGAGGUUGUGUCCUGUGGGCUAUCAGUGCUCUCGGCUGUACUGGAGCACAGUGGACCCUCGUCGGCGCUGUAAGUACACCUUUAAGGUGACAGAGGUGUGUUCUCCACUCCCAGAGAAGCCAGGGGAACCACUGUGGUGGGACCAGGAGGAGAACCGAACCAUAGCCCACAGCCCCUAUCAAGAAAUGGAGAUUCCAGAGGCUGUGAUGAGUCCUCCGCCCAUUGAGGUAUCUCCCAGCACCACCCCGUCUCCCCUGAAGGAGACGGGGGCCAAAACCCCUGGUUACUCACAAACCAGGAGACCAGCAGGAGGAACAUCUCGACCUCUUCCCUCCCCAGGGAGUGCCAUCUCCAAAUCCCACCACAUCCUGACACUCAGAGACCUGGACGAUACCCGCCGGCCGCGUCGCCUGUCUCUGAGCUGCCACUCAGGGGACUCCUCCUCCCCCACCGACGGCCUCGCGGGACCAAUGACGCUCCGUUCAGGGGGCACCCUCCACCCCAGGUCCCUCCCCUUCAGUUCCCCUCCCAGAACCAGCGAAAACCUCCUGAGUUCCCCUCGGCAAGUACGACCUCUCGCUGGCUCCUCCAGCUGGGGCUCCCCUCCCUUGUGCCCCUCCAGUCUUACCCACCCUUUCUCCUUGCGGCCUGGCGCCGCCGGCAGCCCUCCCUCCAACCUCCAUCUGGCCUUCCGCCACUCCUCCAGGAUUAGACAGCCAUUCAAAAUCCGAACUCCAGUGUCCGCUGAGGUGCCACAAUACUUCUUAGCUUCAUCCGAGCCAGAGAAAGCAGUGGUGGCGCCCUCAAACGGGAUCACAUUGACAGAAAAUAACAUGGAGGAAGACACAGACGUCAGCCCCCUGAUGUCGGAUCAGGACUUGCCCUUCACAACAUUCGACGUGGCGGACGCAGACGUGGCGGUGGCCUCUGUGCUAAACGCCAAGCUGGAGUUUGACGAGGCCUUGCUGAACGAGACUGUGGCGCUUCACUGUGGAGGGUCCCAUACAGGUGGAGGAGAUAUGGAAGAGGAGGAGGCACUAGAGGAGGAGACCCAGAUCCAGACUCAGGGUAGGGGCAACAUGGACGCCAACAAGGCCCCAGUAUUCACCAAAGCCAUGGCCUCUAAAGAUGAUCUGGAGAACGAUUCCUCAGACGAAGACAUGGAUCACUACUUGAAGUUUUCUCGUACGGUGGUGGUGUGCGAAGCCUCCAAGGACUCAGGGCAGGAAGGUCUCCCUCUCCCCCCACCACUUCCUACGUCUCAGUCCAUUGCUCAGCUUGACGGAGCGGAUAAUGGCUCUGAGAGUGACUCGAGUGAGGCUACCGGCGAUCAAGAAGAAACUCAGGAAGAGGGGAAGAGUGGGGAAGCUCAGGGGGCUGACAGUCAAGAAGUGUUUGAAACCUGUGACCCAAAUAAUGACAUGAUGUCUAUUGAAGAGGAGGUUCUGAUCGACUCUGACCAAACGGAAUUCCAGAAUGAGGUUCUUCUGGACCCAAGUAGUGGCCAUUUUGUUUCAGCUGACGACGGCACGAGAGUGUACCUGGCUAAUAAUAAAAAAGCAGAUCUUGAUGACAGCGAUAGUGACAGCUCUGGCUCCUCUACAGAUUCUCUCAUUGGAGUGGAUGACGAAAUGGGAGACCCAGACUUCGAGCCGGAUCCCAAACCCAAACCCAACCCAAAACAUCCUGUAAAAACGAUCAAAGUCAUGCAACGCCCUAGUCCUGUGAGCAUGAAAAUUAUUCCUCCUAAACCCACACCAACACAGAAGAAAAUCAUCAGGGUGUCCCUACCUUCUGCACCUGCUCUGCCUCUGAAUGUAGCCUCCUCUUCCCCACACAUCAUUGUUCGAACCGUUCCAAGGACAGUGCCCUCCACCGCUUUCCCGACCCCGUUUGUAAUAAACGGCAUGAACUCUAUACCCUUACAGACAGGGGCCACUAGGGGCAGAGCUAUCGCUAUCCGCCUGGCCACCCCCAGACAAGAAGCUCAGCAGCAGCUGACGACCACUAUUCUGUCUGGUGCCUCCAACUCAGCCCCGUCCCCGCAAGUUCUGCUAGUCAACCGUCAAGGUCAGAUUCUGAUGAAAGAUCCAAAUACCAACACCUUCCAGACAGUCAGCACCAGUUCUCCUUCCUACAGCCGCAUCAGCCAGAUUGCCAAGAUGAUCCACAGCAGUGGUGCCCUGCCACGGGCAGUUCCCCAGGUUGUGGUCGUACCCUCUACGUCAACACCCUCACCACGGACAGCAGUCUUCCAUAGUUCACAUCUCAUCACCACUAACAGAAACAUCACACCAGCAAGCAACACCAAUAUCCUGAUCAGAGCCCCACAGAGUUUGCAUGAUGGGCGAGUGCUGGUCCAAGCCAUGCCCGUGACGAGUGGAGCAAAACCAGUGAGGGUCAAGUGCGUCUCUGUGCCCGGCAACCAGGCCCAAGCUAUUUUAGACAGAGCCAUGGCUACUCAUCGCGAGCCCUCUCGGAUACGGCCUAAUAUCCUCAGGGUGAGCCCAUCUCAGCUGAGCCCAUCCCAGUUCCAGGUCCACCCCUUCCUCAACAAACUCCAGUCCCCUGUAGCCAUCUCUGCCGCUCCUGGACAGAUGCUCCGUCACGAGCCAGCCAUCGUACCAGAGUCCCAGUCCCAGGUCCGCGUUAAGAGAGUGUCCUCCGUCGCUGAGCGUCCCGGCAAGAAGAAAUGCAAGACUGAUUUCCUCCCGCAGUUGCCCUCUAGUGACGUGGAUGACCUAGAUGGCAGCAGAAAUAGUGGCGUUCGAAUCAAAGCCCCAACGAUGAAAGAUGUGCUGGAUCUGGACCAGGAGAAAGUUGAGCUCAAGGUCAUCCCACCACCAGAACCUGAGAAUAUCAGACCACCUCCCGUACCUCAGAUGGAGCGUCAGCCCAACAGCACUCUACGUCCACCCAGCAGCAGCACCACUCAGAGUAGCAGCAACAUCCAUGGGAAAACCCACGUGUGGGUCAGCGCGCGCCAUGGAGAUCUCUCUGACUGGGGCCCCUACUCAGGUUUUAGCUCAGACGAGGACAUGCCGCCACCUAAACAGGACAAGACCAGGUUCGACAACAGGAACCAGCCCCACCUGCGCUUUGAAAUCACCAGCGACGACGGUUUCCAUGUACAGGCAGACAGCAUAGAGGUGGCGUGGCGAGCGGUGAUUGACGGCGUCCUGGAGGCCCGAGCAGGGUUCCAUCUGAAGGCGUUGCCCCUCGGCGGGGUGAGCGGGGCGCGGGUUCUGGGCCUGCUCCACGACGCUGUCAUCUUCCUACUGGAGCAGCUGCAGGGCGCCGCCGGGUGCAAACAACACCGCUUUCGCUUCCACCGCUACGACAGCCCUGACGACGAGCUGCCCAUCAACCCCAGCGGCUGCGCCCGCGCUGAGGUCUACUCACGGAAGUCAACCUUUGACAUGUUCAACUUCUUGGCGUCUCAACACAGACAGCUGCCUGACAUCAUGUCGACGCCAUGUGACGAGGAAGACGAUGACAUCCCGCUGAAAUCCACUAGACGAGCCACCAGCACAGAGCUUCCCAUGGCCAUGCGCUUCAGACACCUGGAGAAGACCUCCAAGGAAGCAGUGGGGGUUUACAGGUCUGAAAUUCACGGACGCGGUCUGUUCUGCAAGAGGAACAUUGAGGCAGGGGAGAUGGUGAUCGAGUACGCAGGCAACGUCAUCCGUGCUGUCCUCACGGACAAGAAAGAGAAAUACUAUGACAGCAAGGGCAUCGGCUGUUACAUGUUCCGCAUUGAUGACUUUGAUGUGGUCGACGCCACCAUGCACGGCAACGCCGCCCGUUUCAUCAACCACUCGUGCGAGCCCAACUGCUAUUCACGCGUCAUCCUCGUGGACAGCCACAAGCACAUCGUCAUCUUCGCCCUGCGUAAGAUCUACCGCGGCGAGGAGCUCACCUACGACUACAAGUUCCCCAUUGAGGAUGACGGCAGCAAGCUGCACUGCAACUGUGCGGCCAGGCGCUGCCGCCGCUUCCUCAACUAAAAGACCAGCCAAACACGCCACGUUGGAGGAGUACUUGAAUUCAUAGAGGAAUAUGGAGAGACCAGGGAAAAUGCAAUGAUAUGGCGAUAGGAGUGUUGCCAAUAAGUACUGAUGAAUUGGAGCCUCCUCCGUAGUUAGUUUAAUUUAAAGUCUGACUGAUAUGACGCAUUUUUAAUUUAAAGACUGACUGGUGGACAUUUUUGGGUUCUAUCCUACAGCAGGGUUUCCCAAACUCGGUCCCGGGGCCCUGGGUGCACGUUUUUUGUUUUUGCCCCAGCUCUACACAGCUGAUUCAAAUAAUCAAAGCUUGGUGAU